CCUCAAGAGAUGUGUACAAACUGACAACAACUGGGAUUUACUGCGAUUUCCUCGGAAACCUGACAAGUUUUCAACAUGCAACUCAAGCAUAUGAAGAACCUGCUCCCACCACAGGAUGGUGCAGGGAAGGUGAUGUGCCUGGCAUGGUCCCCCAGCAAUGCCAAACUGGCCGUGUGCACCGUGGACAGGGUCGUGCUUCUGUACGAUGAGCAGGGAGAGAAGAGGGACAAGUUCUCCACCAAACCUGCAGACUCAAAGUUUGGCAAGAAAAGCUACAUGGUCAAGGCCAUGGCAUUUUCCCCUGACUCUGCCAAGAUCGCAGUGGGACAGACAGACAACAUCAUCUAUGUGUACAAGAUUGGAGAAGAAUG